UUGUCAGCCAAAAGUGGUGUGUUUGUUGGCAAUUUUUGCAAUCCCACUUUUCAUCACUGCGCCCCCGUGGAACGACUACACUCCCCCCUUUUGCCUUUUGUUUCCGAGGUGGAGCCUGAUACCCCGACUUCUCCGAACUGAACUGCCGGCGGAGCAGACGGACAAGAUAGGACUGGGACCAGCAGUCGGUGGCACAGAUCCGGGACGCAGUAGAUCGGGGAGGGACCUUAAAGGCGGCUGCAAGGGAAGAAGAGGGAUUUUGUGGAGCGCUUCGUACGGUGAAAUCAUUUUACAACCCGGCUACACACGGCAGAGCUUCAAGAAAGAUGAAUUCUUUCAUCCUGCUGUCGCUUUUUGCCACGGUUAUCGUCGGAAAGUCACCCCGGCUGAAAUUUGUUGUGCACGAGCCCUCCAGGUUCCACUUCAACAAACCUGAGAAUUACAUCAGCAUGUACCACCAGGAAGGGAGUGACACGCUGUAUGUGGGCGGCCAGGCGAUGGUCUACGUGCUGACGUUCACUAACAGAGGGGUCCGCGACCUACAGAUCCCAGCGGCAUCUGAUCAGACUGCAAUUGAUACCUGCAAGGCCAAGGCUGCACCACUCGAGCUGGAGUGUGAUAAUUUCAUCACCGUCAUUCAGAAAGUAAAUGACACAAUCAUAGUAUGUGGUACAAACGCCGGAAGCCCCAGGUGCUGGAUGCUGGUAAAUGAUACUGUGCUGACUGACGUCCAGGGCAAUGGACAGAUAGCAUCGGCCUCUGACAUCUCACCACCUUACCCUUCCCAGAGGUCCAUCAGCUUGCCUGCAGAUGGGAGUCUGUAUUCUGCUAUGUCGUCGGUGGCAGGUCACCCCGGCAUGAUCCGGCGUACAUUUGGCUCACAGAAACUCCUGAAGACGGAGAACAUUUGGCUGCUGAAUCCACAGUUUGCGGGUGCAGCCAUAAUCCCAUCUUCACAAAAGUUCAAGGAGGAAAUCUACUUCUUCUUCAGUGAGCUUAACAAGACAGCCAGUGUGGACGAGGAGCCUUACAGGGCCCGCAUUGGCCGAAUCUGCACGGGGGAUGAAGGGGGCAUCAAAAACCUGUUGGCAGACUCAUGGACCACCUUUAUGAAGGCCCGGGUGAUGUGCGGUGCAGGAAACACUCAGCAGCAGUACAACAACAUGAAACAGGCGGUGGUGCUGACAGCACAGGACAAGAGGGCCGGGGUCUUGUAUGGCCUCUUUUCCAACGCAUGGGGCAGAACAGUGAUCUGUGCUUACUCCAUCGAAGAUAUUGACCAGGCUUUCUCCACAUCUAAACUGAAGGGCUACAGCAGUCCAUUAACUGGUCGCCCUGGGAUGUGUGUCAAAAACUCGACAGCGGCAGGUCACAACAUCAAGAACCUCGGGGUGAUCAGAUACCACCCAGAAAUUGAGGAUGUGAUCCGGCCUGUCGGUGUGGCUCCACUCGACCUGCCCACAGAUGACCAAAUCACACACACUGUGGCAGACAUUGUCCUAGCGGUCAACGAUGAGCACUACAGCGUCCUUUACCUCGGAACAGAACAAGGCAAAGUUCUCAAAGUUCUUCACACCAGUGAGGGGGUCUUCAUCAUAUCUCAGUACUCGCUGUUUCACAAUGAGGGCCCCGUCCUAAACAUGGCCAUCGACUCCCAAAAGGGACACCUGUAUGUUGGUACAGCGAUGGAGAUACAGCGACUGCCACUGGCUGACUGCGGUCGCUAUGGCGACACAUGCAGGGAGUGCAUCCUUUCCCGGGAUCCGUACUGCGGCUGGGACAGAGCCAGGAGGAAGUGCAUCGCCAUCCCGCCUGGAUACAACGUCACGACUGGGGCACUCGUUCAGAAUCUGGACCAUUCAAACUCCUCGGUUUGUGGGGAAGCUGCUGCUCUGAAGCAGCGUCGAACUUCCCCCAAAGAAGUUUUUGUGCAGUCCAACACCUCUGUCUUUCUUGCUUGCCCUGUGCGUUCCUUCCACGCCACCUACCGCUGGGAGAAAGACAACUGUGUCAGGAACUAUCCCUGCCUCUUCUCCGGGGACUUCUGUGUCCUGGGGCCCGCUGUCGACACGCCCCUGAAGGAAGGCGUCUUCCGCUGCAUGGCCACUGAGGAUGGAUUCAAGGUGGAGGUUAUCUCUUUCAGGCUGGUGAACAACGGCAGGCUCCUGGCCGCCUCCCUGGCCUCCACCUUGGGGCCGUCGCUCCUGCUCGCCGUGGCUGCCCUGUGGCUCCAUUAACUACUGCUAACACUAAUGCUAACCCCUCAUCCUUACUGGCUCCCAAUGACAGCAAAGACGAGGAGCCGCUGUUAGGAGGUUAGGUUCACAGAGCACUGAAGUACAUGGUUGGGUCGAACAGUGAAAAUUCACCUUUUCCCAUAAAAAGACUCAAACGUCAGUUGAAUGGAGGAUUAAAUUCUGUACUUUUUGCAUAAAGCUAUAUAUCUGCAGCUGCAGCUGCCUUAAUAAGAUCAGAACUGUAAAAUACAUUCAUUAACAUUCAGACUAAAAUAACUAGGACCUUGAACUGACAGGUCUUGCAAGUCAAAUCUAGAUUAAACUGUAAUUAGGUGCUUUGCGAACCUUUCCUCUCUGACACAUAAAGAUAAACAUAUCGUAUGAGUGGGGCAAAAAAAACCACCAAUACCAGGCCAAUUCUUUUUACCAUUUCUCUACUUAUUUUGAAAUCGACUUGAUUGUGCUUAUUUGUGAAUAUAUAAACCUUUAAUACCGCUCUUACAUCUAGUCAUUCAUCUUCUUAAACUUUAUUGGUAUAGCUCAUUAGUACUUAGAAAAAUGUCUGGUAUUGAGAUUUAAAAGCCUUAACACUUCUGGGACAUAAACUCCUAAGCACAAUUUUGCAGUCGAGGCAGAAUACUGCAGACUCGGUUGGACUUGGCGCUAUAAUUAGUGCAGCUGAGUCUAACAACAUCGCUGGGAGGAAGUGUCAGCUUUUUGACAGGAAGUAGGCGGAUGGGCAAGAGCUCAUUCUCGAACAUCACUGUGUCUCAGCACCUCCUCCUCAGACGAGGCAGUUUCUUGCAUCUUUUUAUCAGAUGGUAUCAGACAUCGUUAUUACGCCUUGUUCACAGCUUUGUCCGUUGCUUUUCUUUUACAUACCAUCGUCUUUCCUUCUCCCCAGAGCAUCAGAAACAAACCACUCGGUCUUACAGGAUGUGAAAAACACAACAUCGCCUACAGCUCCUUUGGAAAAAAGUUACUUAAUGUUAACAGUACGGAGCAAACCACACUCAGAAUCUUACAAGAAAGUCUUAAUAAAAAAACACUGAAUAAUUAAAUCAAUCUCUAUUAAUCAACGUGAAAGUUUAGAUUCUGGACCUUUUGUAUUAGGUGUGGAGAGAUGGUGGUUGCAAGUUAUGUCAAACAGCAGUUACCUUUUUGCUAAUUCUGGGUAUGUAGGCGUCAUUGUGUCCAUCAGGUUUUAGAAAACGGAGUAAAGAUGAGCUAUUGAGCUAUGCUGCAAAUGACAUCCAAUUUCUGUCAAACCAACAAUGCGUAAAGAUGUGAACAAGGUGUUUCGCUAUAGCAAUUUCAAUAAACACAUACAUCAUAAGGGCAGAUGAAGCUAAAUUGAACUGCAUAUUAAGCUUGCAUUUUAUAGUUUGCCAGGAGAAAAAAAGGCUUGUACUUAGACGUGUGAAGUAUGUCCUGUGUUUUACUGCUCUGCAGUUGCUGAUUUCUACCAUUGCUGCCUACGUAUGUGAAACUUUGUCUUGAUUGUUUGGGUUUUUAUGCCAUAGUUAGAAUGUCAUACGUAACCAUUGACUGCUUUGCCUCUCUCCCCAGGGACAUCAGUGCAAAUAGACAAGAAAAUGGUUAUUGUUUACCUGUAUCGCUAUGCUGUGAAACAAAAGGCUUGACAGAUUCCAUGAAGAUGCUUCACUGAUGUACAGCAGCAACCACAACCAGCAGCAUGAGCAGCGGCUUUAGGUUUCAACAUCACCUUACAUCCGCAGCAUCAUCCUUUAACAUCUCCUCUAAUAACACAACAUUUAUUAAGACUAAGAAAGCAGAUAAAAGCUGAAUGUAAAAUGGAAAUUAGAGUUGUGAAUGUAGCUGCAGUUCAACAGCACUGAAAAGCCAAAAACUCAUGCCAAACCUUAUGAAUACUGAUCAGCUGACUGAAGAAGUAGGCUUGUGCGGUGAUGAAUUAUGCAGCGGAUUAGCAUGUUCUCCAGAGCUUUGAGAAUUAUCAUUCAGUAAUGUUACAUAAAUCUGGCCGUGCCGAGCCUUCCACUGUGGCAGAGAUGUCAUUAAUAGCUAAUUAGACAAUGGAGCCGACUCGUCAUGCACCGUAUUAAAGAAUUUAUUUUACACCGUCAGGGAAAAGGGCAGCAUGUCCUCAGCUGUGAAGUAGUGUCGUAUUUCUCACCCAGCUCGGUUGUGCGUUGCUGCUCAGGGAUCUGCUUGCUUUCUGCAUUGCACUGACGCGGGCUAUUGACUGUGCCAAAAAAAAAAGGGAAAAAAAGAAAAAACAAAGCUAUGUUGAGCCACCUCAUCCGCCCAGCGCUUAUUGCUGCUUCUUCUGUUAAUUCGCAAAAUCCCUCGGCCCUUACCUCGCAUAAUAUUUUGUCUCGGACAAACCCUGACAGCGUGUACAACAUCUCUACGACUAAACCCACAAACACAAACCUACUGCAGGUCUGACAUGCAUAUUAAGCUUCUUUGUGUCUCUGUGUCGCCACCAGGGUGGGAAAUUAUCACCAGCCACCAGCCAAGUGCUGGUAAACAUUUAGUAGAGGCUGUUAACAAAGUCCAUGCUGCCAGAGACUUUUGGCAGGAAAAUAACUCAACAACAUACUCAGACAUGCUCAAGGCAUCUUCCUGUAUAACCUCCUUUAUAUUGUAACCAUAACUGCUGUGUAUGUGUCGUUGUGAUUUGACUCACUAUGAGAGGAGAGGCCAGUGCUAUCCAAUGCUAAUUAGGCAAAUGAAAUCUGGCAUCGUAAGCUUCUUCACUGUGUCCCAAGUCCAUACUAUAUACACAUGUAGAGACUUUUUCAACAUAACAAAUGACAGAAUUGGUCACCCACUGUAUGUUGAAGUUUUUCUAAUAAGUGACCUUUUGCUGUCAUAUGGCUGAUAUCUAUAAGCUAAUACGUUGCAGUGGGUGGUUGGUGGAUGGCGUACCAAAGCAUGUGACUUUGAGAUGGGAGUUCAUUAUUCAGGUCCCAUCUCCAACCAAGACUGUGACAUUUCCUAAGCCUCAGCAAAGUACUUUUAGUUGCCUAAACACUAAGAAUAGAGGUGACAGACUUUCUCUUGUGAGGCGUUUUUUUUGGGAAAGUCUGAUGGGUCUCUGUAGAAGGCAAUUAACAUUGUUCUGUAUGUAGUAUGAUGGCUUGUACUAAUACCAUAAAGUAAGUGUUAAAACCCUCUGCUUAGUAAAAUGAAGUAAUUUAAAUCUUUAUUUAAUAAUGCGAACAUAAUGGGAAUAUCCAGAUGUGUUGAAUAACCAUAGAAUGGUCCUUUUCAAAAUGUGUUAAAUAUUUGAUGCAGUGAGCAGUAUUUUAAUUGCUGGUCCAGCGGAAUAAAGGAGUUUUAUCCAAUUCAUAAUCUACAGAGUUAGUAGUAAAUACAGCCAUCAGAUGCAGUGAAAGUGGAGCUGAAAGUAUUAUAUUUCAAUGAAAUUACAGGAGGAAAAAUAGAGAGUCUCUCGAAAAGGAAAACUAUAAAUGAGUCCAUUAUGUCAUUAAAUGUACUCACAAUACUUCUCCUGACUGCACAAGAAUGUACUUGGACAUUGAAACUACUACUAAUGUUUUGUCUAAAGUGACAUUGUACAAAUGAGGUACAAUCCAAGCCACAGUAGAUCAAGGAGAAGCCUUUCGAGAAUAUGUGCCACAACUACCAAGGAGAAAUAGGAGCCAUCUCAAUAUCAACAACAAUUGUUAUUCUGUUUUAUCUUUAAAUUUUUAUUUAAUUUAUUUAUUUUUUACUUUUUUCACCUGUUAAUAGCUCCUCCAUCUCAGUUUUGUGCUGUGGGACACUAGUUCUGUGCUCAGCACUACGCUCCAAUUUUCUGGUCAUGGUGUAUUUUUGUCAUUGCACACAGAAUAGGUUGGUGUUAUAGUGUGGAUUUGGGACUGAGGGUUUGUGUUCUCAGCAAGAGAAAGGACCUUGUGUCACAGAUUGUUAAACAUGGUCAGACAGGUGUUGCUGUGCAGACCUGAUUGCAUUUCCCCCUCUUCAUGAUGAGGAGUAGGCAGGUGGAAUCAGGCCUCCAUCAUUCAGCACUUUACUCAGUCAUCAUCCUCAACUCAACAAGGCUUUGCUUUUAUAUCCACACUUUUCAAGCUAAUGUGUGGAAUUAAGAUUUAUAGCAUUUACCAACAUUUCCUCUGUGUUCAAGUCCUUGCUUUGAUACGGAUAUAUACACGGCUGCUUUAUCGGAAUUCAGUUAUCAUUCACUCACAUCCAUCAUCGUCAGCCAGUCCGAUAAAGGCUAAUCUCCUUCAAAGCAAGCUCUUGAUUUGCCUUCAGGAAACCAUUUUAGUAGAUCACGCUAUCUGCUGUGAACAAAUCGAUGUCGAGUGAAGCGGGUCGCUGUUUUGUUUGCUCUGGGGUUUUGAGUGUCAAGUACUGUACAUGAUGUGUGCCCAUGAUUAUGUGUCUUGAUAUAUCUAAUUUUAAAAGUAACAUGCCAAACUCUAUUAUUAAAAAAAGAGAUUUAUAUUGGUGCCAUGCCACUCUAAUGCCAUCUCAUAACAUGUAUUUUUAAAAAAACAAAUAUCUAUAGUGUAAUAGAUAUUCAUGUAACAAAUCCAUAUUGACAUGUGUUUCCCUGAACAUGUGCGGUGAAAAUUAAUAAAAUAUAAGUAUAAAGAAA